GACAAGAGUAAAGAGCAUCUCCCCCUCUUGAGAAGUUGGAAAUGGAAGAAAGAAGAGGGAACAUCAAAGUAGAGAUUAAGGAAGAAGGAAGCACAGUUGAUUGGAGGGGGAAGCCUUCAAACCCCAACAAACAUGGCGGCUUCAGAGCUGCUUCAUUUGUUCUUGGGCUUCAAGCAUUUGAGAUAAUGGCAAUAGCAGCGGUAGGAAACAACCUGAUCACAUAUGUGAUAAACGAGAUGCAUUUCUCCCUCUCAAACGCAGCAAACAUAGUGACAAAUUUUGUGGGAACAAUCUUCCUUUUGGCCCUCCUUGGUGGUUUCCUCUCUGACUCUUUUCUUGGGAGUUUCUGGUCCAUGCUCAUCUUUGGUUUUCUCGAGCUUUCAGGAUUCAUAUUGCUGUCGGUCCAAGCUCAUGUACCCCAGCUAAAGCCACCAAAGUGCAACAUGGUAGUUGAUGGAGGGAAGUGUGAAGAAGCAAAGGGGGUGAAGGGCUUGAUAUUCUUUGUAGCACUAUACUUGGUGGCAUUAGGGAGUGGAUGUGUUAAACCCAACAUGAUUGCUCAUGGGGCUGAUCAGUUCAACGUUCAAACCCCUUCACACUCUAAGAAGCUCUCAACCUACUUCAAUGCAGCCUAUUUUGCCUUCUAUGGUGAACUCAUUGCCCUCACUGUUCUUGUUUGGAUCCAAACUCAUGCCGGCAUGGAUGUCGGAUUCGGGCUGUCGGCAGCCGUAAUGGCCAUGGGACUAAUCAGCUUGGUUUCUGGGACUGUGUAUUACAGGAACAAGCCUCCUCAGGGAAGCAUAUUCACCCCCAUUGCUCAAGUUCUAGUGGCGGCAGUACUAAGAAAGCUAAUUUGUCCAUCUAGUCCUAAUUCUAAUAGCAAUAUGCUUCACACCCAGAGGUUUAGGUUCUUGGACAAGGCAUGCAUCAAAGUUGAAGAUGGCAAUAACAACAAAAAGGAGAGUCCAUGGAGAUUAUGCAGUGCAAACCAAGUGGAGAACGUGAAGAUAUUGAUUUCAGCGAUCCCAAUAUUUGGUUGCACCAUUGUAUUCAACACCAUCUUGGCCCAGCUCCAAACAUUCUCAGUGCAACAAGGAAGCGCCAUGGACACUAAACUAACCAACUCUUUCCACAUCCCUCCGGCCUCCCUUCAGUCCAUUCCUUACGUAAUGCUCAUCUUCAUCGUCCCUUUAUACGACAAAUUCUUCGUCCCCUUCGCCACCAAAAUCAGCGGACACGAAUCCGGGAUCUCCCCUCUUCAAAGGAUAGGCUCCGGUCUGUUUCUCGCUACGUUUUCGAUGAUCUCGGCUGCUUUAAUGGAGAAGAAGAGAAGGGAUUCGGCCUUAUAUUCGGGGAAAACAAUAUCCAUCUUUUGGAUCACCCCACAGUUCCUUAUCUUUGGGUUAUCAGAAAUGCUUACCGCGGUUGGCCUCAUUGAGUUCUUCUACAAGCAGUCCAUGAAAGGGAUGCAAGCCUUUUUGACAGCCAUAACUUACUGCUCUUACUCAUUUGGCUUCUACUUGAGCUCGGUGCUCGUCUCCGUCGUAAACAAGAUCACGUCGGCUUCUUCCGAUGGCGGCGGUUGGCUUAGUCACAAUGAUCUCAACAAAGACCGGCUUGAUCUUUUCUACUGGUUGCUUGCAGUCCUCAGCUUUCUCAACUUCAUAAAUUAUCUCUUCUGGGCUACAUGGCAUUCUAACCAUUCCUCUCCACCACCACCCACAGCACCGCAUGAGGUUAAAGAGGUUGGAGAUGACAAUAUACCAUAAAAUUGCAUGGGACUUCCAUUUCUACAUAUGAUAUGUAUAUUUCAAGGCAAUAUUAUCCGCUAAUAUCUUGUAUGAUGAUAUCAUAAAGAUUUAGGAUACCAUUCCAAAAUCUCUUUUAAUACGUAUACAGGCGUCGUAUAAACUAGUGUAGAAGUUACUACA